UUUACUGAGCCAGUUGAUCCUGUGCUAGUGCCUGAUUACUCUUCUAUUAUCAAGAAUCCAAUGGACUUUUCAACAAUGAGGGCUAAAGUAGAGAGGAAUUUCUAUCCCAACAUCGAUGAAUUCUUGAAAGAUUUUCAGUUGGUUUGCGAUAAUGCAAGGCUAUAUAAUGCCAAGGAAACGUUAUACUGGAGGCAGGCCGAUAAACUA